GAUCUCAUUAUUCAUACAUGUGUGUGUGGGGUGGGCGUUCUUGAACCCUCCCUCCCCGCGCGCGCACGCGCGGGUUGGGCGUUUCUUUUCCUGGGUUUGGCGGUUUUCACAUGACUUUUGGGCUGGAAAACUGUGACUCUAUCUUAUCUGGCAACACUGAACACUGUUAGCCAUAUCAGAUCGAGAAGUGUUCAGAAGAAGUUGGCGUUGUUUCCCCCUCUCGUUUGGUGAAUGUUGGAGCCGCUGUUUCAAAAAUGUCUUCCGGUCAGCCUCUAAAAGACUUUAUCAACAACGUGGUCACUGAUGCUGCUGAAAAAAUCAUCCAACACUUCGAAGAAAGCUGCGUUCAGUUUGAGGAGGAGCUCCAUCGUCAGAGCAGACUGCUGGAAAUCAUCGCGGAUCCACAGACGAGACCUCAAACUCUCCUUCUCCCCCAGUAUUUUCUAAGGACCCAAGAGAGGAACUCCAGUGUGAAGCUGGAUAAUGCAGAACCUCUUCAGAUUAAAGGGCAACAGGAGCUCUGCAACAGCCAGGAUGUAGAGCAGCUGGAUCUGAAUCGGGAGAUGGAUAUCUUGAUGGGAACUCCUACUCAUGAAGAAAAGGAAGAUCUAAACUGUCAGCAUCUCCUAACUCAGACCUUAAAUGCAACUGAUGACCAGAAUAAAGAAGGAAACCAUCAUGAAGUAUCUAGAUUGACUAUGAUGGAGAAACAAACUCAUGGAAAAAAGAUCAGAAAAAAAGAAGCUGUGUCAAAAACCUGGACAUCCAUCAUGAGUCAGAAAAGUCUGAUACUAAGACUAAGUCGGAAAAACAAUAUGAAGGUAAAAAAACACUUCAAGAAAAAAAGACUAAUGGAAAAACAUUGCAGAACCAAGACGGUAAAAAAGCAUUGCUGUGAAGAAUGUGAAAAAAGUUUCACUACUCCUUACUGUUUAAGACGACACAUGAGAAGUCACACAAGAGAAAAAGCUUUGUCCUGCAAAGAAUGUGGUAAAAGUUUCUUUUAUACAAAAGGCCUAACUUCUCACAUGAGAACCCACACAGGGGAAAAGCCUUUUUCCUGUAAAGAAUGUGGUAAAAGUUUCUUUUAUGCAAAAGGCCUAACUUCUCACAUGAAAACCCACACAGGGGAAAAGCCUUUUUCCUGUAAAGAAUGUGGUAGAACUUUCUCUCAAGCAAGCUACCUAAAAAGUCACAUGAUGACCCACACAGGAGAAAAGCCUUUUUCCUGUAAAGAAUGUGGUAGAAGUUUCUCUCGGGCAAACACCCUAAAAGGUCAUAUGAGAAUCCACACAGGAGAAAAGCCUUUUUCCUGUAAAGAAUGUGGUAGAACUUUCUCUCAAGUAAGCUACCUAAAAAGUCACAUGAGAAUUCACACAGGAGAAAAGCCUUUUCCCUGUAAAGAAUGUGGUAGAACUUUCUCUCGAAGAGACAGCCUAACUAAGCACAUGACAAUUCACACAAGAGAAAAAGCCUUUCAGCCAUGCAAUAACAGUAUCAUCUGACAGGUUUUCAUAGACUGUGUUCUUUUUUCUAAAUAAUCAGUCUAGUUUAGAUCAUUCUGUUGUUCAAUUAAAAAUGUCAUUGUUUUGAAAUACCAUAAAUAUUAAGUUUUUGAUUAACCUAUUUACUGUUUGAGAGAACUGGACAGAGCAAGUGUGACGUCACCCAUAGAAAAUGGCUUACUUCUGGAUCCAUCCAAAGUUAUGUCAUUUUUCCUAGUUUACACAGUUUUUGUGGCAACUACUGGUACCAAUUAGGAGUGAGCUUGUUUGAUGUCCACACACCUACCACUGAAAGCAGGCUCGAAAGAAUCUGCAACGUCUUGAACGUUAGAGGUGGGGGCCAGAGGCCACCACAUGCUGUUGUUGAGUCAUCUGAUUUGCCAGCUUAUAACUCGAAUAACUUGCAGUUGAGAGAUAUGAAAACAAAAUCAGGAUUUGCAAGUAAAUCUGAAAAAGUUAGCAGAGCAUAAAGAACUAUUUAGACAAAUGUAAUGAGUGAGUAAUAGCUGUUUAUUUCUCAAAUGAAGUCUAUGGGAUUUUGGCUUGAUGGAGCCAGCAGAUACGUCCUAUUUAGAGUGCAAGUGUGUGUGUAUGUAUGGGGGGAGGGGUUUCUCAAUCCAGUUUUCGUAUACAGUGAAUGUUUUAUCUUAGAACAAGUUACUUAGGUUUUUGUUAGCACUGCUCCCACCCAGCACACCACUGCAUGGAGGAUGGUACUGAAGACAACAACCUGCCAAGAUGUAAAAGCAAUUGGGGACACAUAUUAACCCUUGUGCUAUCCUAGGCACUUUAACGUUGGGAGUUGGGUCAUCUAGACCCCACUAGACAGGGCUCUGAACCGUUUUUCUUCAAUG